AUGUGGGUUUCGAGUGAUGAAUUGAAUGCGAAGAAGACGGUGUGUCACACGAGAAAUGUGGAAUCGAAUCGAGAAUUCGCUCAUUCUGAUAUCGUCGCCUCGUUCGUUCAUAAUCGACCGAAAAAUUUGAGUGAGUUAACAUUCGAACGACACGGAAAAGCGGGACGUAAGAAGGCGCCAAUUCUAUCGGUGAAAGGAGGAAUUAGUGAGAAAGUAGUCGAAAUGGGACAAGAUGUCAAUUGUCUUGAUGAGGGAUUCGAUUUCGCUGUGGCUAUUGUGGAUACGACAACCGGCCUCGCAACCUAUCGUCCCGCUCGUCUCUACUCGUUCGAAUCGAAAUAUUCAGAAGACGUCGAGAAAUUGUUGAACGGCGAUAAGAAAUCGUUGUCAGGAGACAAUUUCAGUGAAGAUUUCUCGAUUUCAGCGGAAAAAUGGGCUGAAAAACGUCGUCAGCUGACUUCAAAUUUCGGUUCAUCGAAAAAAAUUAAAAUGGACGAAGCGGCUCAGCGACGAACAAUUAAUCAGGAGACAAGACGUCAAGUUAGAAGAUAUCACUAUGAUGGCCAAAGCGACGUCAUCGAUUCUACCGAAAGCGGUACAAUCGGAAUUGGCAAAGGAUAUUUAUCCGAUUUCUCUUUUAUUGAAGACCUGGAGGUCGAAGCCGUUGAGCAGAUCGCCGUGGAGCUCAUGGAGCUCAAAAAGAAAUCCAAAAAAGCGCUAAUCGAAGCUGGAAUUCCAGAUUGUGUCACUCUCAUUAUGUAUAAUGAGACUGUUCCAAAACGGGCGGCCGCUUAUCUCCUACUGGCGACAAUGUGCGAAAUGUUGGGAAAAAUGGGAAAACAGAGACAGAUGUUGAGGAAGGAGAUGGCCGAGUUGAAGAUGCCUGAUGUGUUGAGACAGAAGGUAAAAAUUGACGAAAAGUCCAAUCGCAGUUCUUUGGCGAAUCGACGGCUGAAAAAAGGAUAUACUGGAAGAGGUGCUGAGAGAAUUCGACUGAAUGUCACUGAUUAUGAUCGAUUUGUUGCUCAUACUCUUGCUCUCGCUCUGACUUUGGCUCCGGAGCACAAAGUGCCAUUGACACCGUUUCAACAGGUCGUUGGAAUGCAACCGAGCAAGUUGGAGAAGAUGUUCCAAGCACUCGGUGCCGAUUUGUUGCGUCUCGAUGUGCAUACCGCUCAGACACUUCGUUCCCUCCGUGCGGCCCGUCCUCUGAAAACCACCGAGUCUCGAGCAGAAGGACCACGCAAAAUUAUUCGUCGUUAG